UGUCGAGGGGGCGGGGCCGCGGGAACAAUAAAGUUUUGUUGUGGUUGUCAGGCGCAAGAUGGCGGCGGAGCGGCGGCAGCCAGCGAUCCUGGAGCCCGAGGGAGAGGGAGAGGACAUCUUUACCGGCAGCACCUGCCCUUCGGAGAUGGAUUCCAGAAAGACUCCGUGCAGCAACUCCAAGACGAAUGGUAUCCACUCUGAUGAUGACGAGCAAGAUAUUUUUGCAGAAGCCACUGUGGAGUUAUCUCUGGACAGCCCUCAAAAUGACAAUCAAAGUAAACCAUCCGCUGCUGGUCUGACAGUAACAGUUCCACCCAGUUCUGCUAUACAAUCCCAGACUAAAAUAUACCAAGAGCUGGAGGAGGAAGAAGUAGAAGAGGAUGAGGAUCAAUUUGACAUGAAAGUUACAGUUACUGAGCCAGAGAAAGUGGGUGAUGGGAUGGCUGCAUACAUGGCCUACAAAGUCUCCACUUUGACCAGCUUAACGAUGUUCAAGAGGAAGGACUUUAGUGUAAAGCGAAGAUUUAGUGAUUUUCUUGGAUUGUAUGACAGACUCUCAGAAAAGCAUUCACAGAAUGGCUUCAUAGUCCCUCCACCUCCUGAGAAGAGCUUAAUAGGUAUGACCAAAGUGAAAGUUGGGAAGGAAGAUUCCUCCUCUGCAGAGUUCCUCGAACGGAGGCGAGCUGCAUUAGAAAGAUAUCUACAGAGAAUCAUCAAGCACCCCACACUCUUACAGGAUCCUGAUGUGAGAGAAUUCUUGGAAAAAGAUGAGUUGCCACGAGCAGUAAACACUCAGGCUCUGAGUGGUGCUGGUCUCCUUCGGAUGGUGAACAAGGCUGCUGAUGCAGUCAGCAAGAUGACCAUUAAGAUGAAUGAGUCAGAUAUAUGGUUUGAAGAGAAGUUUCAGGAGAUUGAGAAUGAAGACCAGCAGUUACGCAAACUCCACGCUGUUGUUGAAACACUAGUCAAUCAUAGAAAAGAGCUAGCGAUGAACACGGCCAUUUUUGCGAAGAGUGCUGCCAUGCUGGGGAGCUCGGAGGACCAUACAGCUUUAUCCCGUGCACUGUCGCAGCUUGCAGAGGUCGAGGAAAAGAUUGAGCAACUUUACCAGGAUCAAGCCAACAGUGACUUCUUUCUGUUUGCUGAGUUGCUGAGUGACUAUAUCCGCCUGAUUUCUGCAGUGAGGGGAGUAUUUGACCAGAGGAUGAAAGCGUGGCAACGUUGGCAGGAUGCUCAGACUACAUUACAGAAGAGACGAGAGAACGAAGCUCGACUCAUAUGGGCCAACAAACCCGACAAGCUGCAACAAGCCAAAGAUGAGAUAACGGAGUGGGAGCCCAAAGUUCUACAAUAUGAGAGAGAGUUUGAGCGGAUCUCGAUCACCAUUCGGAAGGAGGUUGCUCGGUUUGAGAAAGAGCAAAUCAAAGACUUCAAAAGUCGGAUAAUUGUGUAUUUGGAAACUCUUCUAAACUCUCAGCAACAGCUCAUCAAAUACUGGGAAGCUUUCCUACCAGAAGCAAAAGCCAUUGCAUAGUGGAAUAGAGAGUUGAGUGGACACUUGCUGCCUUUUAUAUCGUACCUCCAGCCUAUAAGUGAAUCUGCAGUAUCAUCUAUGAAAGGGGACACUCUUCAAUGGCUGCAGUUCUUUCUUGCUCUUCCUAUGAUAAAUCUUGAAGUAUAAUCUUUAGUUUCCAUAUAUUUUCUUAUGAAUUGAUUGGUGGGUAAACCACAUUUAGUUGAUGGAUUUGAGAUUUUUUUUGCCCGUUGUAUAUGUGGGUUUGGGAGGGGGAGAGGAGGAAGGUGAGUGGGAGGAUUAUCUGAACUUGUUACCACAGCAUCCACCCCUCUCUCCUGAUGACAAACUCCUGCUCUCCUCGGUGACAGAACUGCUAUUUUGACAUGUUACUCUUUUUAAAAAAACAAACACAAACAAAAAAACUGUAUUUCCUUCGACUACCUGAUUUCUACAGGUCUAUGCAAGGACCAAAGGAAGAUUUGUUGGGGAUCCAAGUGAUGGAAGCACCACAGUCAGGACCAGGUGCUCCACCCAGCUCUGCAACAUCACACCGGAAAUUGAGCUUUUAAAGGAAAACUAAUGGUUGGCCUGGGGAUUCCAAGCUGCUGGUACCAGUGGCCAAACCAUGAUAAAUUGCCAAUUCACGAAUAGGGAUUAAUGUUGAACGCACGCCCUCUUUGCUGAAACUACAUUGCACUGUGUGCGUUUCUAUUUUUAACGUGAUUAUCAUUGCAGGUACAGGGCUGGUACAUUGGGAAGGAGGCAAAGUUCUCCAGCAAAAUAGGUUUGUAGGAUGUUCUCAUCAAAUACAGGUGAUUAUAGGAGUAUUGUGAAUAUGGACUGUGAUGUGGUUGGAUAAAGAAUCCCACCCAUUUCACGAGAACUCUGCAUGACAAUGAGCUGCUCUGUUUGCUUAAGAGAACUCCAUGAUGUGGUUUUCUCUCUCUGUCUCUCUGGCUGAGAUGACUACCCAGGUAUUGUUUAUCCGGGUUGACUUUCCAGUCCUAUGCUCCAUUUUUAAUUUUUCCUCUUGCAGUGGCUUUGGAGAUCAGACUUUAUAAAUGCCAAAAUAAAUGCCAUAACUGGAACGGGUAGCUUAAUCCAAGCAUAACCUUGCAUCUAUUGUGACCUAACUUAGCCUACUAACACUAACUCUGUGUCCAAGUACAAAAGAGCGGCGGUGGCUUCACUUUACCUCGAUCAGUACUAUUUGUUUUAUGGACUAAUUGUGGGGUCUAAAUAUAAAGCCAUUUAGAAUUUUGGGGGGUGGAAAAUAAGAUGGUUGAGAUUGGGCUUCCAUUUUGCUUGCCUUUUGUUACCAAUGAGAUUGGUUUUAUUACAGUGGCAGGGAACAAUAUUAUAAUAAACACUAGUGUAUUUGACUCCAGUCCUACCAUGAUGCCAGAACAAAACUCCUCCCCCCACCUUCCCCCUCCAUUGUUAUUGAGCUCCCAUAAUAACCACCUGGUAGUGUGUCUGAGAGAAAGAGACUGCUGGCAGAGAACCUUGCCCUGAAACUGACCUAAUGGUGCCAAGUAACCUUGUCUGCUUUCCUGAUUGACAGUCAAAGCUGAUUGGAAGGCCACAAGAAUCUUCUGUUCUGUUUACAUUCCUGUUACCAUGCUCGUGACCUGCCCUCAGGCUUAAGCUCAUUUCGUAUCCUGGAUAAAGAUACUCGCGUCCUUGUGCACGCAGUCAGUAAUCUUUACUCAUUAUGCACUAAAUUCUUUUGACUUUUUGUUUAAUGUACUUUCAGAGGAACUGAGAUUGUCUCUUUUCACUGCGUUCAAGAACCAGUAGAAAGAAACAGUUCAGUUCCUGUGUCUGCUUUUGUGAUCUCCACUUUCAAAAUAAAGUUCAUAAAUGAUU